AUGGCUGAAGAUUUUCAACGUUUUCCCCUGAGCAGAAUCUGUUUGCUAGUUGUUGUAGGUUGUCUCCGUCUCGCUGGUGCUCAGAACGUAGCCGCGCAGGUCCUGUCUGCCGUGCAGUUUGAGUUCCGCGAAGAGCAGGCUCCGGGAACUUACAUCGGCAACGUUGGGGUGGCCAGUAAAUUGGCAUCCCUCUUAUCGGAAAGCCAGUUUUCCUUGUUGAAAUUCAGCGCCCCGGAUUCCAAAUAUUUUUACAUCGAUGAGAAAAUCGGCACACUGACGGCUGCUACCAAGAUCGACCGAGAAAAUGUUUGCGCCUCUUUGCCCGUAUGUAAACUUUCCGCAGAUGUCAUUGUGUACACAAAAUUGAGUUCAGGAGAUUUUGAUCUUUUCAAAGUGAUAACUGUGGAUGUAGAGAUUUUAGACAUUAAUGACAACUCACCGAAAUUCCCCGAGGAUACGGUCAGUUUGAGCAUCGCCGAGUCCAGUAACCCUAGCGAGGAGCUGCCCGCUAGUGGCGCUGUGGACAGGGACACGGGGGUCAACUCUGUUCAACAAUACACCUUUAAAGAUCCGACAGAUACCUUCGCUUUAUCCGUUCACAAGAACGGAGAUGGGUCAUCCUAUCUGGGGAUAGUUGCAAAGGGCGUGCUUGACCGUGAGGUCAGGCACUUCUAUCAGGUGACCGUUGUUGCCACUGAUGGAGGCUCGCCCCAAAGAUUAGGCUCCAUGUUGAUUAACAUCAACGUCUCGGACAUCAACGACAACCAGCCCGAGUUUGACCAUUCCUCCUACAACACAUCCGUACUUGAGAAUGUGGCACUCAAAGUUCCAAUCAUGAAAGUUCACGCCACUGACAAAGAUGAGGGUACAAAUGCUGACAUUUCGUACCAGUUUAGUUCUCGGGUGCCCAGUAAGAUCCGACAAAAGUUCACCAUAGAUGAACACACAGGGGAGAUAACUGCCCAAGGAAGCAUUGACUAUGAGGAGGACAAACUAUUUCAGUUCAUCGUGGAGGCCGUUGACCAUGGCACCCCGCAGUUUUCUGCUCGCACCAACGUGAACCUCCAUGUUGUCGACAAGAACGAUAACUCACCACAGAUCAGCAUCAACUUGCCUCCCAUGGGCACUGAAGUCUCUGAGAAUGAACCGGUGGGCAAGUUUAUCGCCCAGGUGUUCGCUCUAGAUGCUGAUAGUGGUAACAACGGCCUUGUCGUCUGCAGUAUGGACGACGAUCAUUUCUCGCUAGAGAAAUUCAACGACAACUCAUCCAACAUGUACAAGAUAGUCUUGGCCAACACCUUGGAUUACGAGCGGGCCUCGUCUCUUCGAGUGUCUAUAACCUGCGUGGACAAAGGAAGCCCACCCUUGUCCAACUCCACCACUUUUGUGGUCAACGUGCUGGACGUUAACGACAACCGUCCGGUGUUUACAGAGCCCAUUUAUUACGUCACAGUUAUGGAGAAUCGCGACAGUGAGGAGGACAUUCUUCAGAUCGAGGCCCACGACUGGGACAGUGGUGACUUCGGAAAGGUUUCCUUUUCCAUCGAGGACAAGUAUAGUGGCGUAUUUACCAUCAAUCCAACGACGGGAAAAUUGAGAAUAACGCAAUCACUGGACAGAGAGCACAUCUCUAAAUACGACUUCCAUGUGGUAGCUCGAGACAACGGACCCGAGCGACUGUCAUCAUCAGCACUGGUUGUGGUCACUGUAGACGAUGAAAAUGACGAGCCGCCACGUUUUCCCAAUCCGAUUUAUUUCGGGGACAUUUUAGAAAACCAGCCAUCUGGCACAUUUGUAGGGAACGCUACUGCCAAGGAUCCUGAUACCCCUGCAAACUCUAAAAUGGUGUAUUCUAUUCUACAGUUAGGGAUGGACUAUUCCAACUUCACCAUCGAUCCAACAACAGGGGUUAUCAAAAGUACAACAACAUUCGACAGAGAAGAAAAAGACCAGUAUUUGUUUAUGAUAAAAGUUGUAGAUCCAACAUAUCCACAGUUCUUCAGCACCUGCAAUUUUACAGUCCGUAUACUGGAUGACAAUGACCAUUCUCCAGUUAUCCACAUGUCGGUGGAUGACAACUCCACUAUCAUCGUACAGUCAUCAACCCAAGUUGGGUACAUCAUCACAAACAUCUUCGCCUACGACGAAGAUGAAAAAACAUCACAGCAUUCAGACCUCGUCUUUCUCAUCCAAGAUGGCGAUCCGUACCAACUCUUCAACCUUAACCGCUUCACCGGAAGUCUCUCCUUGGCCAGGAUCAUCACGGCAAGAGAUGUCAAAACCUACAACUUGAUCAUCCUAGUGCAAGAUGGUGGCGACCCGCCAAGGGUUGAUACAAAAGCUCUCAGCAUUAAAAUCAACGGCACAAUACCUUUAGUUAGCGAAAGCAGCAUUAGCCAAAACAUUCUCAUUGUGAUCAUUCUGGUUGGAGUCACAGCCGUCAUGACGCUGGUCAUCCUUAUCACCAUCGUCCUCAUACGGCGGAUCGACAACCAGCGAAGGAAAAACAGAACUUGCCAGAAGAACGCGGAGGAGAAGAUGUACCAGCUGAAACAACAAGAUAUCUUCACAAACCUAUCCGUCAGCAUGGCGGACGAGGCUGUGUCCAACAACUUGAACAUGAGAGGUCGAAAAGAGCCGAGUUUCUCCCUGGAUGAAGAGACUGACUCCCAUAACACCAGCAACCGUUCCACACAGCCCCUGACCAGUUUUAAAGGCGGAUUCACCAAAACAGAUCUGGUAAGUACCGCAUGCAAUCAUUCGGAUAUUCACAACAUCGUUCUGCGGUCUAUCAAACUGAUCAUCAGAGUUCACUGGUUGGAU